CGCGCCGUCUUUCCCGGGCCCGAAGCGCCGACAGCUGAAGGCUACGUAAUCCCAAACACAGGCCAUCACGACUCAAUUCUUGGAUCGUGUACUUCGUGCCCUGGAAGCUUUGCAGUCCAAAUCGUUUCCCCUGGCCCCUUCCGUUGGCUUUUCUUGACUAUGCAGUUGAUGCGAGCUGGUACUAUCGUGGACGAUGCUACAAGUACCAACAUUGCAUACCACGAUAAAUAUGUUGUUGCCUAUGAUUAUACCAAUGUCGAAACCGACGUAGCUAUAAAAGAGCUCACACACCUGCUGCAUCAAUUGGAAUCGGCCGGCCUACACACUGAGGUUCGGAGGGGUUAUGAUGAUUCCCUACUCAUCUUCGUUCAGGCACCUCGGGAGCUUCUUGGUAACAUGGUUUACCAUUCUCGUGUUAUGGACUGGCUCUAUGGCAUCACGAAGCAACAUCCAGGAGGCACCAAGGACACUGUUGCCGUUGCAGACUUUGAGGCCGAGGAUCUGUUGUCGACUUUUCAUCUUGUUACGUGGGGAAAAGGACAAGGAGGUGCCGGUAUCACGCCAGGGAUGGGAAAGUGUGAGAAUGUUACAUCGGUCUUCCCACUGCACAAUGCACAACGGAAUCGCGACCUAUUGAUACACCUAAGCAAACGCCUCUUUCUAACUUCGAGUGACCUCGAUCAGAUCCGCGACAUCUGGGGCUCCAAAGUGGCCUUUUACUUUGCUUUCAUUCAGGCUUACUUCUUGUCUCUUGCAUUUCCAUGCGUGGCCGGUAUCUUCGCAUGGGCUUUCCUCCCGAAGUACUCCCUGGUCUUCGCACUUGUAAUCGGAAUGUGGUGUACGGCAUUUCUGGAGUACUGGAAACUUCGAGAGAUCGACCUUUCUAUCCGCUGGAACGUUCGAGGAGUUAGCAAACUCAAGAAAAAUCGGCCCCAAUUUUUCCAUGAAAAGGAGAUAGUGGAUGAGGCGGGUCGGAAAAUACAGAUUUUUCCGGCAUGGAAACGCGUCGCUCGACAGCUGGCUGUCUUACCGUUUCUUGCUGUGAGCACAGCGUUCUUGGUGUCGGUUAUAGGCGGGAUCUUUCUCCUGGAAACGCUUAUUGGUGAGGGUUACGAUGGCGCAUACGAUUACUAUCUGGAAUAUGCACCUACUAUCCUUCUGGCCAUCGUUCUACCUUUUAUCAAUGGUCAUUUGGAAAGCAUCGCCGAGAAGUUGACGGAAUAUGAGAACCACAGAACGCAAGACGCGUUCGAAAUGUCACUCACACAAAAGAAUUUCGUCCUUCAAUCGAUCACCAACUAUCUACCCAUUCUACUGACUGCUUUCCUCUACGUCCCAUUUGGGUACCAGAUCAUACCGCGCCUCCGAGCAGCCAUACUUCCGUUGUUCGGCGUAAGGCCGAACCCAAAUUUUUCAUUCUCGAUGGAACCCGAUCGUUUGCGUAACGAAGUCAUUACUCUCACGGUCACUGGCCAAGUUUCUGGUGCCCUUGAAGAAUUGGCACUGCCGUGGUUCAAGAACAAAGUGAAAGAAUACUAUCGCGUCUACCGCACCAACCGUACAUUCACAGGCUUUUCCAAUGCUACUUGGGAGAAAGGCGACGACCCUGCUGAAGCUCGUUUUCUUACCCGUGUCCGCAAACAAGCCCUCCUUCCGGCUUACGAUGUCCAGGAGGAUUAUGCAGAACUAGUGCUGCAAUGGGGAUAUCUGUCUCUAUUCAGUCCGGUAUGGCCUCUGGUACCCAUCGGUUUUUUUAUCAACAACUGGUUCGAGUUGCGUGCCGACAUCGUCAAGAUCUGCUUAGAGAGCCAAAGACCGGCUCCCAUACGUGGCGAGGGUAUGGGCCCAUGGGUUGCAAGUCUCGAGUCUCUUACCUGGCUCGGGAGUAUCAGCAGUGCUGCGCUCGUACACUUAUUCGGAAACGAUUGGGUUUGGGGGGCUGGUCAAUGGUGGAGCCUCCCAAUUACAAUCUUCAUUUCCGAGCACAUCUAUCUAGGGUUCCGUGCCGGUGUACGUUGGGCUUUGCAAACCAUCGGCUCGAAACACAUUCGAGCAGAACGAGCCGAACGAUACGCAGAAAGAAAGCGAUACCUCGACGAGAUGGAAGCGAGCGAGACGAAGAAUGGCCACCUGAACGUGGCAGAGAGAGAACGACGAAAAUCUGUCAGAAUGACAGCUGCAGACAUCUUCUGGACCAGACAGGCUGAAGAGGGAGCGAGCACGACUGCGGGCAUUGGAAUGAUUCGUAAGCGCAGGAGCUCAAAUCCCCAGGAAAAGGGGUCCUUUUGGAAGAUGGAGUGA